UUUUUUAAAAAGAAUAUUAUAGCAUGAUAAUAUUUUUAUAAUUGCCACUGCGUCAGCUUGCUGUUUCUGCCCUGGGGCGGGACUUAGGACCCAGGGGUUUGGCCUGGGAAGGCAGGUGUGCUAAUUGGCCGAUUACCUGCCUGAGCAUUUCAGUCAUGCAACUGACAGAAACGGCGUACAGUCAUUCCUUCCUGAAAGAGCUGCCUAUGAGAGACACAUUUGAGUACUUCUUCAAACCUUAUGAGGGGCCAUCACAGUAUCGAAUGUGAGCUGUGGAAGAGAUUUCCUGUUGGAGACACUGGGUGAGCAGCAAUGCGGCUGAGGGAUCUUUUGACCCGAGUCAGCCAGGGCUGGAGGGUGAAGACGGGAGAGGAGACAGUGAGGUAUUUGGUGUCCAAUCUACCCUUUGAGGACUUUGGGAAAAAGGAUCAGCCCAACCGGAGAUAUGCAGACAACAGCAUCAGGACAAACAAGUACACCCUGUGGUCCUUCAUCCCCAUGAAUCUCUUUGAGCAGUUCCAUCGCCUCGCCAACAUCUACUUUGUGGCAAUCGCUGCCCUGAAUUUUGUGCCGGUCGUCAAUGCUUUCCAGCCAGGUGUGGCUCUCAUCCCCAUCUGCAUCAUCCUCUCCAUCACUGCCAUGAAGGACGCCUGGGAGGAUUUCCGGAGGUACCAGGCAGACAAAGACCUUAAUAACACCCCGUGUCUCAUUUACAGCAGGAAGCAGCAGGACUUUGUGCUGAAACGCUGGAAGGACGUGCGAGUCGGAGACUUCGUGAAGGUGGUUUGCAACGAGGUGAUCCCGGCAGACAUCUUGCUCCUGAACACGUCAGACCCCAAUGGGGUCUGCCACCUCGAGACCGCCAACCUGGACGGGGAGACCAACCUGAAGCAAAGGCAGGUGGUGCGUGGCUUUGCUGCCCCGAAUUGUUCAUUUCAGCCAGAGCAUUUCAGCGGUACCGUGGUCUGUGAGAAGCCCAACAAGACACUGACACACUUCAAAGGAUACCUAGCCAUGCCAGAGAAGAAGAAGAUCGGCUUUGGCAGAGAAAGCCUGCUGCUGCGGGGCUGCACCGUGAGGAACACCGACAAUGCCGCUGGCAUCGUGGUGUACGCAGGACAUGAGACAAAGGCCAUGCUCAACAACAAAGGGCCGAGAUACAAGCGCAGCAAGCUGGAGAGAAAGAUGAACACUGACGUGCUCUUCUGUGUGGGGAUCCUCUUCAUCAUGUGCCUUAUUGGAGCACUCGGCCAAUACUUCUGGCUGGGCACAUUUCCCAGCAUCCCCCCGUUUGUGCCCCCUGACAGCAACAAUGUGUACAUUCCUCCAUCCUUGUCGGGGUUUUACAUGUUCUUCACCAUGAUCAUCCUCCUGCAGGUGUUGAUUCCCAUCUCGCUGUAUGUGAGCAUCGAGCUGAUCAAAGUGGGGCAGGUAUUCUUCAUCACUAAUGAUGUCGACCUGUACGACGAGGAGACAGACAGCCGCGUGCAGUGCAGGGCCCUCAACAUCACCGAGGACCUCGGGCAGAUCCAGUACGUCUUUUCGGACAAGACGGGCACUCUUACGGAGAACAAGAUGGUAUUCCGGCGAUGUAGUAUCAUGGGGACAGAGUACUGCCACAAAGAGAAUGCACUACGCCUGGCUGCCCUCGACGAGGCUGAAUCGGAUGAGGAGGAUCCCGCUUUCCCGCAGAAGAAAGUUCCUUCACGGCUCCAAUUCCGGAAGGGGAAAAGCGGCGCUGCUCUCAGGCGCUGGAACAGUGCUCGGGCUCGCAUUGGUGUCCGUGGCCAGGCCGAGGUCACGCUCAGCCCCCACAGUGAUGUGGCCUUCAGCAGCCCCCUGGAGACGGACGUGGCGCCGGACCGGAGGCUGCAGCGGAUCACCGGUGACGAGGCCGGUCAGAUGGAGGCGUGGUGCCGCGUGAGUCGCAUCAACGGUGGCGCCUGCUACAUGGACUUCUUCUUAGCGCUGGCCAUCUGCAACACUGUGGUGGUGUCUACAGCCAUGCACCCGAGGCAGAGGGUGACAGGCCCCUUGAACUUCUCUACCACGCUGAAGUCCCUGGGUCACAUUCAGACCCUGCUGAAAAGGCUCGGCUCCCUGAGCCACGUCAUCUCCUCGCUGCACUCCAUCUCCGAGAAGAGCAGCCCCACCACCCCGGCCAGCCCACCCAGCCCAGCGGCCUCUGGUCCGGCGGGAGACAAGGAGGACAUGGGCGGAAUCACGGACAGCGGCUCCCUGAACACCAGUCUGGAGGACAGUGAAGCAGAUCUUCCACCGACGGAGGAAGCGGCCACGGAAAGGAGCACCGAUCCCAACUCGGACGGACUGUGCUACGAGGCGGAGAGCCCCGACGAGGCUGCGCUGGUGCAUGCCGCCAGAGCCUACGGCUACACCCUGCUGGCUCGCACUCCGGACCAUGUCACCAUUAGGCUUCCCCAAGGAUCCUUGCUCACCUUCGAGAUACUGGGCACUCUGGCCUUCAACUCCGUCCGCAAGCGGAUGUCGGUGGUUGUGCGUCAUCCGGUGACCAAUGAGGUCGUCAUCUACACCAAGGGGGCUGACUCGGCCAUCAUGGAGCGUCUGGCUAAAUCAGCAGAAAACCAGCCGGAGGAGAAUAAAAGAAAAAGGAUUGCCGCUAAGACACAGAGGCACCUUCACUUGUAUGCCAAAGAUGGAUUACGCACUCUGUGCAUUGCUAAAAAGGUAAUGAGCUUGCAGGCCUAUACUGACUGGUUGGCCGUGAGACAGGAGGCGGAGUCUGCCAUUGACAACAGAGAAGAGCUGCUCAUGGAAACUGCAAGUCAUUUAGAGACUAACCUGACUCUGAUAGGAACCACUGGGAUUGAGGACCGGCUACAGGAAGAUGUCCCAGCAACUAUCGCAUCACUGCGGAAGGCAGGGAUUCAGGUGUGGGUGCUGACUGGUGACAAGCAGGAGACUGCUGUCAACAUAGCCUAUUCCUGCAGACUGCUAGACCAGAGCGACGUGGUGUUCACUCUCAGCACAGCCAGCCUGGAUGAGUGCAAUUCGUUUUUGGACUGUACCCUGGAGGAGGUGAAGAGGUAUGGCGUGCAGCCCCCGUGGCAGAGCGGCUCCCGUGGCCCCGCCUUCGGCCUGGUGCUGGAGGGCCACACGUUGGGCCUGCUGUUUGAGGCUGGCCUCCAGCUCCGGCUGCUGGAGCUCAGUCGCCACUGCCGCUCGGUGCUGUGCUGCCGUGUGACGCCGCUGCAGAAGAGCGCCGUGGUCAAGCUGGUGCGAAACAAGCUCAAGGUCAUGACCCUUUCCAUAGGCGAUGGCGCUAAUGACGUCAGUAUGAUCCAGGCCGCGGAUAUCGGUGUUGGCAUUUCCGGCCAAGAAGGGAUGCAGGCAGUUAUGGCCAGUGACUUUGCAAUAUCUCACUUUAAACACCUCAAGAAGUUGUUGCUGGUGCAUGGACACUGGUGCUAUAGCAGGCUGGCUAGCACCGUCAUCUACUUCUUCUACAAGAACGUGGCGUAUGUGAACCUCCUUUUCUGGUACCAGUUUUUCUGUGGCUUUUCUGGGACAGCAAUGAUCGACUACUGGCUGCUGAUAUUCUUCAACCUGCUCUUCACUUCCGUCCCACCCAUCGUGUUUGGCAUCCUGGACAAAGAUAUUUCAGCCGGGACACUACUGAGUCUCCCAGAGCUGUACAAAAGUGGCCAGAACUCAGAGGGUUACAGGCAUUCCACAUUUUGGGUGGCCCUCCUGGAUGCCUUUUAUCAAAGCCUGGUCUGCUUUUUCGUUCCAUACCUGGCUUACCAGGACUCAGACAUUGACAUCUACUCCUUUGGGACGCCCAUGAACACGGCCUCCUUGUUUACCAUUCUGCUGCACCUGGCAAUAGAAAUAAGGACCUGGACGGUAGUGCACUGGGUGGUCAUGGUAGGCAGUGUACUGCUCUACUUCAUCAUCGCCCUGUCCUACAGUGCCCUCUGCAUCGACUGCAACCCUCCGUCCAACCCCUACUGGAUCAUGGAGAAUCAGAUGGCUGAUCCAGUCUUCUACCUAGUAUGCAUUCUCACCACGGUUCUGGCCCUUUUGCCCAGGUACACUUUCCGUGUCCUGCAGGGCACGCUGGCCUUGUCUCCCUUGGUCCGCGCUCGACAGCUGGACACACUCUCCCCGCAAGUCAGGGAGUCCUUCAUCAGAGAAUGGAGGAGCCAGGAAGACGCUUCUGAAGCUGCGUCUGACCAGGUACUGUCCUCCCCAACGGGGCCAGGCAGCCCGACAGAGCCCACAGUGGACCGGGGCCUGAGUCUGCACAAGGAUGGUAAUGAAGAUACGGAGAAGCCUUUCAGUCCCGGACACAGGCGAUCGAUCAGCACCAUGACGAUCUAGAGGCGGCUGUGACACACUGGACCUACUGUAUUAGCCCUGUACUGGGACUCGAGCCGCUAUGAAAUGCCACCAGAUCAAUUGGUCCGUCAAUGGGACCAGACAUGGUCCAUCUGGGAAAAGUACUGUUCGCAUGCAAAUCUGAGCUAAAUCAAGUGUUUAUUUUUUUACUUUUAAUGAUAUUUUUUAAAUAUCAAAAAUACUUGAAGGAAUUUUUUUUUUUUGUAGUUCCAUGUACUUCAUAUAAAAUAAAAUAAAUUUUUUGGAUCUCUUCCAGUGUUGUGCAAUUUAGAGAGCUUCAUGUGUUUACUGUCUGACAAAACACAUUUUGUCUUUAAUAUGUAUUUUUACUGUUUUGAUCGUGCUUAGUAUGUCGAAGGAUGACCAUUUUCCUGUCAGAUAUCUGACAAAUAGAAGUGUUUCACUUCUCUUUACAUUCCCCUUCUCCCCUUGUUUUUUGACCGAUUUGGGUAACAUCAGAGACCCAUUUUUACUUUGUGUCUGUUUUUUUGAUGUAGUGAUUAUAUCAUGUUUACACUGUGCAGAUGAUUCAAAGCUGAUGAAACACAGACGGUUUUGGGGACAUUCUUCCGUUCCUCUUCGUCAUUCAUCAUUAAGUUUUGAUUAAUGCUCAGGGUCAAGACGAAAAUGGCAUUUGAAUUUUACAAUGAAGUAUUGCAGGGUCUUGGAUGUCCUGCUCUUCUGUAUCUGAAAGAAAUUGUGACAAACCACCAGAACAAAUAAAACGCGAAGAAAAUAAAAUGUAA